AUGGCAUCACUGUCUGAGUCACUAAAAGAUUUGCAAGAACUUAUAGCAGAGUUCUACGAAUUAGCAGAUUACACCCCUCUAGGUGCGAAGGAGUACAACGAAAAGGAUAUGUGCAAUAUUGACAAAGGGACUCAUGCCCAGUUUGCCCUCAAUAAUAUCCUCUCAUUGAAUUACGGAUAUCAAUCAGUGGACUCAGGAUCUCCUUGGCUUCCUUAUUGGUUGACAAAUAUUCUGGAAAUCACGAUGAAUCCUAUUGAAGAGCUCCCUUCAGUCUUGAGAAAGAAGUUGACUAAGUUCUUGAAAAAUCUUCAUAAUGAUGAAAGUGGAGGAUUCAGAGGCCAGAUUAGUUUACAGAGCCAUAUCGCAUCUACAUAUGGAGGUCUUAUGGCUAUCGUCAAUAUUGGUACAGAAGAAGCAUAUCAGAUCAUAGAUAAACAGAAAAUGAAAGAAUUCUUAACUGAAGUAUUUUGUAAAGUAAAGCAAGAGCCUUCGUCUACUCUCAAAUCGUCAGAAAUGAAAGUUGGUGAAAAUGGAGCAUACAUCAUGCAUGAAAAUGGGGAGUAUGACCUUCGUGCCUGAUACUGAGCAUUAAUAAUUGCUGAUAUCCUCGGAUUCCUUCCUGAUCCUGACCUCACUGAAGGGAUGAGUGACCUCAUUGCUAGUUGACAAACAUACGAAGGUGGAAUUGCGUGUAAUCCUUAUGGAGAAGCUCAUGCUGGAUAUACUUACUGUGGUCUUUCCUGAAUGAUCCUUCUUGGAGAAGUAGACAAGUUAAAUUUAGACCGUUUAAUUGAAUGGGCUGUAAAUAGACAGUUAGAAAUGGAAGGAGGAUUUAAUGGACGAAUCAACAAACUAGUAGAUUCUUGAUACAAUUUCUGGAUGGGUGCUAUCUUUGAAAUGGUUGAUAUGGCUACAAAAGGGAAAGCAAAUAUUGAUGGCCAGUGGCUUUGUAGUCAGCUCGCGUUACAAGGAUAUUCUAUAUUCUGAUGCCAAAGCUCUGAAGGAGGUUUUAAGGAUAAACCACGUAAAGGAGUUGACGUAUAUCAUACAAUGUACGCUCUUGCAGGUACUUCUAUUUGUCAACAUAAGAGCCAUUUUCAUCAAAAGAAAGUAGAAGAAAUUUCUGAAGAAAAUAAGGAAGAUGACCCUGAAUUAAGUGAAGGAGAUGAUUUUGAUGAAGUUUGUAUCCUUUCAAAAAAUUACAACAACUUAUUGGCCAGACUUAGCCCAAUAUAUAAUGCGAGGAUGUGUCUUGUGAAAAAAGCAAAGGAGUUUUAUAAAGAAAAUUAG